GAACCGCUGAUUGUUCAGAAAAUGUGGAUUAUUUGUACAUGAAGAUAUGGCCGAUCUGUCACUCUGUCGGUGUUGGCGAAGUAGUACCUUGGGGUGAUGCUAACCCUUAGCAGAUGAAAUACCUAUCUGGUUCGGAGUGGAUUAUUACUUAAAAUCACCGUUGUCUUCAUCUUUGUUUAGAACGGAAGUGUAGAUAAUCACGGAUUCAACUAACCCAACGUACGGGGCUCAACAGUUUCUUUAAGAUUUCGUUAUAGCAUUCAUUUGAUAACAGUUACCAUGGAUGGUAUAGACAAGGACUGCACAGCUCUUGGAGGACUGUUCCAAACCAUAGUCAACGACAUGAGGGGUAGCAGCUUCAUCUGGGAAGACUUCACCAGUAAAGCAGCCAAGCUGCACUCUUCCCUUAAAGCCACACUAGGAGCUAUUGGUGCAUUUCUGGAUGCCUUCCAGAAGGUCGCUGACAUGGCAACAGGAUCAAGAGGAGCUACCAAGGAUAUUGGCUCAGCUUUGACAAGACUUUGUAUGCGCCACAGAACGAUAGAGACAAAGCUUAGGAGUCUGACUAUGUCAAUUAUCGACAACUUGGUGAACCCUCUGCAGGAAAAAGGUGAAGACUGGAAGAAAACAGUUGCACAACUAGAUAAAGAACAUGCGAAGGAAUACAAACGUGCCAGACAAGAAAUAAAGAAGGCUGCCUCAGACACAAUGCGAUUACAGAAAAAAGUGAAAAAGAGUACAGUGAAAAAUGAAAUGCAACUGAAGCUUGACAGUGCCAUGCAAGAUGUGAAUGACAAAUACUUGCUGUUAGAGGAGACAGAAAAAAAUGCUGUACGGACGGCUCUCAUUGAGGAGCGAGGGCGCUUCUGCCUCUUCAUCAGUUGUUUGCGGCCGUUUGUGGAACACGAGAUAGGCCUGCUAACAGAGAUCACACACCUACAGGAAAUCAUGGACAGCUUAUGUUUGGGGGCAAGUGAGCCAGAGAAACUUCCAACCUCCAGUGAGCAGUGCAUCAUUGACAUCAAGGGACAGGACUCCUCCUCCUGGAAUUUCCAGCAACAGUCUCCACCAAGUUCUCCAAGCUCUCUAGGCUCAAGGAAAUCCAGCAUGUGUAGCAUCAACAGUAUCAACAGUUCUUCAAGUGGCUCCCUCAAGUCACACUCUCCUAGUCACCUUACAAAGAAUCGUGCACAUCAUCCAGAAGUAAGUGGCAUUGUACGCCUGACAAGUGUAUCAUCACAAGAUUCCGGGUUUACAUCUCAAGAUACAUUGUUCCUGCGACCAACUACCCCAAACUCUUUAAGUAUCCGACAGAAGGAUGUAGAUAGUCGCAGCAUUGGGGCAGAAACUCCUGAGGAUGCUACACCUUCAGACAAUACGCCCUCUGCCUGCUCCACAUGGACAACGUGGCCAAACCCGCCUAACCAGGAAGGCAAAUCUGAGGCUCAACGUCCUCACACGAUAUCCUCAGCAUAUGAAAAGUCUCAGAAACGCCCAGCACUUUCAUCCAAACUGUUUGAGCCACUGCUACAGGAGGGAGAGGACCAGCUGAAGGAACAACCAGUUAUAAGAAAUGAGAGGUCAAACAGUACGUCUAGUUCAGCGAAUUCACGUCCCCAGUCAGCCACAAUCAACAAGCUGCAGCCCAUGCUGCCACCGCUGGCUCCUAAACCGAAGUCACGUGCUGUGGCUCCCCCUAAGGUGCCAAGUGCAGCAGGAGACACCCAGGCACUUUAUGUGAAUCUGACAGACCUUGCUAACAUGGCAGUGGAACAGCAGAAGGAAGCAGUCACUGACAGUGACACAACCCCCACAGAGAGGAGCCCCCCUACUACUAUGUUUCAUCAGCAAAUAAAACAGAACUCGCUGGAGCUAGCGGAGGCGAUUAAAGAACUGGAAGCUUCGACAGCCGCGUUACAAUCCUCCUACGACUCGUCCAGCACGACUAGCCAGAAUUCCCUCCAAUGCUCGAGUGGUUACGGUACAUUGAACAGCACACCGUCUGGUUCCAAGGACACUAUCUCAUCUGGUGGUAUACCUGUGUCCAGUUCACAAAUAGCAAGGCGGGCCUCAAUGAACACACCAAAACCACCACCCCCUGUGCGAAGGUCAUCCUCCAUCAGCACAGCAGCAGCCCCUGCUGUUGUUCAGCGUAUGAGGAAGACUCCACCACGUGACAAGGUAGUUCAGCCGGUUUCGACGGGACACCGUCGUAGUAGCAGCUCUGGCGGCUUGUCAGAGCCUGCCUAUGCAGAGCUGCAAACAAUACAACAGAGCAUCCAGCAAAGACAUCAACAGCAGGAACAACAGAACAAGCUACUACAGGCUAAUCCGUACGCUACCACAGGCACCCAGCAUAUAACAUUGUCAGCGCCGCCUACACCCUCACAACACAUGCCACUCCCCCCUGGAAGUAUCAAUAAUCAAAGAGGACACCAUCCUCCUCCUCCAAGACAGACUUCCUCCCAACAUAAUAAAAAAGUAGGCGGAACAGAGGCACCAACAAAUCCUCCCCCAGAUAUUCCGGGGGCUGGAUGGAAAAAACAAGAGAGUUCUCCACCUGUUUCACAGCCGGACAUGGACUUUGAUUUGCCUCCACCACCUACAGACUGGGAGCUUGAGGAGAUAGAGAAGGUUUACAGUUGCCCCCCACCUAUCAUACAGAAGCCCCCUCCCCCGGGGUCAAAUCCAGAAAAUGUCCGUGCUUCCUUAUUAUCAGAACUUAAACUUGGACCUAAACUAAAGCGAGUUACAUCUACUGAUGAGGGGGCAGAAUGUUAGGCCAGGAAGUGCUGUGUUUUUGUUUCUAUUCACAUAUUUUUAAUAUUAACCAGUGUUGAACAUAUAUCUAUGUGUGUGCCCAGUUAUUGAAUACUGUUGGAUACAACGGUUAUUAUCACCAUUGCUCACAUCAAUUCGGAAGUACUUAUCUGUUUAUACCUCCUACCACAAAGUUAGGGCAUGGAAUUAUAUGAUCUGUUUAUCGUUCUGUCAGUCCCUCCAUCUGUUCAUCUGUCUGUUGAUCAGAUUUUGACCAGCUUUGCAUUCUAAUCUUAACUCAAAAUAAUUCAAAUGAUUUGGCUGACUCUGAAUGACUGAGGGGAAGAGCCAGAAAAGGGAAAUUUGGCGGCAUUGCUAUAAAUUACUUCUUCUCUAGACCCAGCACUGGCUAUUACUCAUAUUAAGUUGGUCAAAGGAGGUGUGCAUUUAAAUUUGUACAAAUGCAGGAGCUGACCUCCUUUUCUUAAGGAGACAACAGGUGAUUUAGUAAUUAUACCUCCCACUUAGAUAAGUUGACAUGUAUAGUAAUCACUGUGUGUGUCCAUCAUCCAACCAAGGUCUAUACACCUUUAAUGGUCAUCUGCCAAGGUGAAAGGUCAAUGGUCACCCUUGAUGAGUUUUGAAAUAGCUUAGUUACAUGUACAAGGUAUCCCAUGAUUCACAUCACUCAACCAAUUUAAUUCGUAUUCACAGCAUAGCAUCAUCAUGAUCUACACCUGAUCAGAUUUCGUCGGUCAUCAGUCAAGGUUAAAGGUCUAAAAUGUCACCCUUGACCACUUUGGAAAUAAAAUGCUUGUGUUAAAAAUAUCUCUUAAACCCCUUUAAAAUUCUAGCUCAUAUUCACACCAUCAAGUUCUGCUCCAAAUUAGAUUUUGUUGGUCAUCAGUCAAAGGUCACCCUUUACCAUUUUUGAAAUAUAAAUUGUGUACAAGAUGUCUUCAGAACCCCUUAAUAAGUUAACUCCACAGUAGAUAAAGAUCACAAUGAUGGGGUGAGGUAUAUAUCUAUGUAAUACUACACAUAUUGGACUGGUAGCAUCUUGAGGUGAUUUAAAAGCUCUUCCUUUCAAGGGUGAGUUAGGACCACAAAGGAAAUAGAGCUUUAAGAUCCCUCAUCUUCUUCCAGAUUUGUAGAGAUUUGUCAAUGGAGAAAAACGAAUUAAUUUAGUAUAAGAUGUGGGUGUCUUCCUUCUGGGGCCUGAGGGGCGGGGCCAAAGUGGAAAAUGUAGCCAAAUUUUAACAUUCCUCCUUCAGCUUUUAAGUACAAUGUAUAACAGAAUAUUUUCAAUAUCGUAAUGAAGUACUCUUAGAUCUAGUGAAUUAUAUGAUAGGUUGAUGGAGGGACAGAAACCUAAAGAGCUAACACAUAUAAUCUUUGAAAUCCUUUGUGAACAAAUUCCUUUUCUAAUAUGGUCUGGUGAAGUGGACUUGCUUUAUGUAAGUCAAAGGUGAGCCAAGAGGUAGGACCCUUUAUGUACAAUUAUACUAACUGUUAAGCAUUUAAAAUCCAUUCAUUUUUUGUUUGGAUAAUGGCAUUUUAUCAAAAUAUAGUUCAAAGCUUUAGAAUUUUUUUUUUUAUGUGACAAUGGAAUUGUAAUUAUAAAUGUUAUAAGGUGAAAGCUAAAAUUUUCAGGUGAGUGAUGGGCUUCUUGGUCUGUCUUUUUUUUUUAAGCGAAAUUUGUUCAAACUUGAUAUUAUGUCAUGACCUAAUGUAGGAUUGUGCCCUGACGUUUUCUUUUAUUUCAACACUUUAUAGAAGGUUGUUGAAAGAGUUUGCUGUGACACAAUAGAUUUUCCACAUGUUCACUUGUUUGUUGAGAAAGUCUGAAUCACUCUGGCUGUUCACAUGACACUCGGCCAAACUAAUGCAACACUGACAACCUUACCAUAGUCCAGUCUUCUUUAUAUACUGAUGUAAGGAAUAAAAAAUAAUUGUAUCCGAAAGGAAACAAGGUUAAGGACAUCAUACAUUUUAUGUUCCUUGUUGUGCUCAUUCAGUCAAUAAAUUUCAUUUAGUUUCUCUGUACUUUUGCAUUCCGGCAGACACAUUCUGGUGUGAGGUAUCUCUCUACUUGUACACUCUUCCAGACACAUUCUGGUGUGAGGUAUCUCUGUACACUCUUCCAGACACAUUCUGGUGUGAGCUCUCGCUGUACACUCUUCCAGACACAUUCUGGUGUGAGCUCUCUCUGUACUUGUACACUCUUCCAGACACAUUCUGGUGUGGACUCUAUCUGUACCUUUGUAUUCUUUCAGAUUCAUUCUUUACAUCCUCACCCUUCCCACCUCCUCCCACACAUACCACACUCUUACUACCUACCCCCUUUUAACACACCCUCCUACCCACCCACACCCUUCUGACCCCUCCCCCUCCCACACACACUCACGUCAUUCACUGUCAACAGGAGAUGGGCUUUUCAAAUUCUUGUUCAAUGUCCAUUUAUCUGUUGUCUGUCCGUCCUUCAACAGUUCUUUUUAUCGUUGUUUCUUGAGAAAAACAGGAUGGAUCUUUCUCAAAUUUCAUAUGUAAGUUCACCUUGAUCUCAGUUGGGCAGGUUUGGGACUGAUUAAGAAAAAAAUGAUGGACAGACGGUGAUUUUGGAUGUGAUUGUGAAGGUUUGUCAUCGCUAUUUCUUGAGUAGUACAGCAUGGCUCAGAAAAAGAAAAUGGCUGUCAAAUUUGAGAUGAUGGAUCACUAUUCAGAGAAAUUUCCAAAUUUCAUAUAACAAUAUAAUAAAUACUUAUAAAUAACAAAUAAAGAUCAAACAAUGGUGGGUGCCAGGGUCCCUCUGGAAUACUGUACUGUAUAACCUACACAGUCGGAACAUAUAACAUCCCUGAUUGAUUAUAUUAUAACUUGUGGAGACAUCUGUAGAAAUAUAUUAAUUCCAGUUUGGUUAUUUUAUAUCAUGUCAAUUCUCAUAUGGGAACAUAUAACACCCCAGAUUGAUUAUUUUAUAUCCUGCAGUCUCCUGUAGGAACAUAUAACAUCCCAGAUUUAUUUUUUCAUAACCUGUGGAGAUAUGUGUAGAAAUAUAUUAAUUCCAGAUUGGUUAUUUUAUGUCAUGGCAAUUCUCAUAUUGGAACAUAUAACAUCCCAGAUUUGUUAUUUUAUAUCCUGCACAGUCUCCUGUAGCAACAUAUAACAUCCCAGAUUGAUUAGUUUAUAUCCUGCACAGUCUCCUGUAGCAACAUAUAACAUCCCAGAUUUGUUAUUUUAUAUCCUGCACAGUCUCCUGUAGCAACAUAUAACAUCCCAGAUUGAUUAGUUUAUAUCCUGCACAGUCUCCUGUAGGAACAUAUAACAUCCCAGGUUGAUUAUUUUAUAUCCUGCAGUCUCCAGUAGGAACAUAUAACAUCCCAGAUUUAUUUUUUUAUAACCAGUGGAGACAUGUGUAGAAAUAUAUUAAUUCCAGAUUGGUUAUUUUAUGUCAUGGCAAUUCUCAUAUUGGAACAUAUAACAUCCCAGAUUGAUUAGUUUAUAUCCUGCACAGUCUCCUGUAGGAACUAUUUGUUGAAUAUAAUUUUGGUUACUGAACAAAGUACAUUAGUUUUUAACUGGGACACAUUAGAUGCAGUAAGGCAGUCAAUAAUACAAACAGCACACAUAAUAGUACUUUUACUUCAGUAUUUAACCAAGUCUUCUUCCUGGUAUAGGCUGUGUAAAUUCACGAUUUUUUAUUAUUUUUCUCUUUGGUGUCAGAUUAAUUUGACCUUGACCCACAUUGCAGGUCACAAUUGUAAAAUCGGCUAACAAAAUUGCGUGUCGGGUAGGGACGGAAUGGAUGACCAUUGUUACUUUUAUUAGAAAUGUAUGUGUUUAGGUUAAGUAACAAUCUCUCAUGUUUUUGUAUUCAGUGUUGAUAUUAUAUAUAUGUGAAAAUAUUAAUGUCUGACGUACGUGAAAUGCUCGGUAACUUUUUUAAAAAUUUUAAAUUGAAGUUAUUUUCUAUUUAUUGUCAUUUUUUGUCAUUUAUUGAACAUGUUUGUAUAGAAGAGAUUUAAAGAGAAUGUGUCCUUUGUAAACCGUAGUAUUUGAUGUGAGUGAGUGAUUUUAAGACCAAUAUUGAUGUUCCUGAAGUACAUUUCUUUGUGCAGAAACCAGAGCUGAGAUUACUGUGGCUUAACACUGCAUGCUUCAACACAUGUGUACAGAUCAUCCGUCUAGCUCAACAACAGAUGCCACAUGAGUUUAAUUUUCUAACAGUCCUCUGUUAAUGAUCUGUAGAAUAAUAGCUUACCAGUGUCAAGCAAAUUCAGUAUAAUUUGUUUGAUUUUUUUGGAUGGUAAAUAAUAAUUGUAGACAUUUCUGAUUUGCUAAGACUAUUAUCACUGCUUGAGUUAUUUUAUUUCUUGCUGUCUGCUUGCUAACAUUUACAAACCAAAUCUUGAGGGUCCUUAGAUGUAGACCUAAAGCGUUAUCUCAACUGGUCCAAAGGACUGAUAACUUAGGCCGUGCUGUAGCAUCCGUCUUCUGUACGCGAUUUGCUAAAAAUACAUACUAGUCAUGAAGCACUGCAUGUAUACUUUGACCAAAUAUUAUCCGAGGCAUCUUUGGGGGAAAGUGAAUCAACUUUGUACUGAUAGUAGGUCUACCUGUGACCUGAGGGGCAGGGCCUAGAAGAUUCUUAAAAUACUUCAUCUGUAUGAGUGAUGUCAUUUUGUCCAAAUUUGAUUUGAAGUUUCCAAAGAUAAAAGGGGCUCAACACCCUAGGGACAUCAAGGCAGGGGCUCAAUAGGGGAAACAGAAUAAUUGCUAUAAAAUUCCUUAACUUCUGUUUGGACAAAGGGAUUUUGACUGCAAAGGGAAAUUGGUGACACUCAGCUUCCUGGUGUCCAAAAGGCAGAGCCCAAAAAGGUUUAUCUUUUGAAACAUGAGUUUAAAAUAAUUAUUUUUCUAAUAGGAUGAAGGUAAUAUGACAAAAUUUGGUUUGCAGCUGAAAUUUAACAUUAUGAUAGGGAGUAGAAAUGUUUUGAUGUAAAUGCUGAAAUAUUCAGGUGAGUGAUACAGGUCCCAUGGGCCUCUAAACUUUUUGAAAGUUAACAUGCAAUUGGAUUCAAUUGAAUGCAUACUAGCAGAUUAAAAAACAAUGUUUGAUGUAUUAUGUCUACUCCUAUAAGAUAUUUUUUGUAUGUUAUACCCUCAUGUGUAAUGAUGUAAUGGACAGUUAAAAAUGUACGUGUUUUGAGGCUAUAAUAAAGUUCAGAGAAAACA